AUGGUGUCGCAGUUCAACCGCCCAUUGUUCCGGGCGCUGCAGCCUGUGCAGAUAGCCAGUUGGCAUCAGCUGGGCACGAGCGGCAGCAACAGCAGCUUCCUCCGGGAGCUUGCGAACAGCCUCGUGAUGAAAGAGGCUGGUGAGAAGGAGGUUGUGGGGGACCAUCGAUUCGCUUCUGAGCGCGUGUAUUGGCUUCGCAGGCCAUCAGUCCCAGGCUCCUUCGAAGCUGGAUUCACCACACUGGAGACGCGGCCUUUCUCUUCAAGGCUCGUCCUUGGGCUCUUCGACCUGGCGGCGCAGGAGCCGUCGAUGCUGUGGGUGGCCGACCGCCUCUCAAUGGACAGGAAUGGCCGCCCGGCGCUUCCGAGCGCAGGGCUCUCUGCCGCCUUCGCGCGCACCCAAGCCCCGUUCAAGGGCGCGCAGUUUGGCCUCCUUCGCUGA